GGUAUUUUUAGUCAAUAGCUGUCAUUUAAAUAAUAAUUUUGACAGAUAUUUACCACAUUCUUUCUACAUUGGUGGAAUGUCUUAUUUUGGUCAUAAUCAAAAGCACAUCACAAGGUACUGGCUGACGAUCGUGUGUUGCGGCGACCACGAUGGUGGUCUGGUGGUGUGGCAUCCACCUGUGUAGCUUGUGUAUUAACCCCUUUCGAUUUAAUCAAGACACAUAUGCAAACACAGAGACAAAAGAAGAGUAUGUUAAAAACAACUCUCAAAGUCAUACGCUUAAGAGGCUUUUUAGGGUUUUAUGAUGGUUUUACGGCGGCUGCCCUUCGUCAAAUGACAUGCACAAGUCUUCGUUUCUCUCUGUAUGAGAACGGCAAGCACUUAGAAAUAUUGGAAAACUCAAAUUCUAUGCUUAACAAAUUGUAUGUAGCUAGUUUUGCUGGCAUAGUUGGAUCAUUAGUUGGUUUACCAAUGGAUGUGAUAAAUGUGCGGAUGCAAAACGAUAUGAAAUAUGAUGAGCACUUAAGACGAAAUUAUAAGAGCUUUAUGGACGCUCUGAUUCGGAUCCCCAAAGAAGAGGGCUGGAUGACCUUAUAUAGUGGAGGUGUUGCUGCAGUCUUGAAAGCAGCUGUUGGAAACUGUGCCCAGCUAGCAGUUUAUGACCAAGUAAAAAGUGAACUUCAUGAGCGUUUUAUGUUAGAAGAUGACGUGCACUUGCACUUGAAAAGUUCAAUUAUUACGUCAAUUAUCGAAUCAAUUGUUUCGCAACCUUUUGAUGUUCUCAAGACUUUAAUGAUGAAUGCACCACCUAGUCAGUUUCCUACUGUUUUCCAUGCUAUUAAGUAUAUGAUGCGAUUUGGAUAUUUGAGCCCCUAUCGUGGUUUGAUGCCCACAAUUGUUCGAAAGGCACCAGCAACAAUAUCAUUGUUUAUUAUUUAUGAGCAGUUGCGAAUUAAUUUAGGUUAUUUACCACUCGAGCCCAAAUAAUGUGAAAAUUUGUAGUUGUUUAAGAAAUUGAACCUUUGUAAUUUUACAAAAAUUUUAAACUCAACAUUUGUUACCUA